AUGAGUAAAAGAAGAAAACAUUGCGCGAUUGGUACUUGUAGUACUGGUGAUGAAACAGCUUAUAAUGCAUGUCAAAUAAAAAGACCUUCUGGAUCAAAGGUUGAUAGAAUAGAUUUUGGUGCUAUUUUUACCAAUGAUCAAUUAUUUUUUAAUGAUACUUUAUAUAAACGUGUAUG